GCUCAGGCCCAGGGUGUGUGCAGAGCAACCAAGUGAGCACUCUGCCUUUUGGAAAUAGGUGACAUGAGCGUGUGGGCUGUGGAGCCUCAGCUUUGAGGUCUCUUUCUCUCCUGAGACUGUCCUGAAGCAGCCCUCACACCUAGGGCUUGGACCUGCCUCCUCUAAAGACUCUUCCACAAGCCUUUCCAGCCUAGAUCAGCACUCUACCCUGGAAGGAACUAUGCUGUUGGUUGCUGUUUCAUUGUGUCUCCUGUUGCUGGCCUUCCUCCUGCUCCUGCGACACCUGGGCUGGGGCUUGGUGGCUAUUUGCUGGUUUGAGUUCGUGCAGCAGCCAGUCCACAACCUGCUCAUGGGUGGCACAAAGGAGCAGCGCAUCCUGCGCCAUGUGCAGCAACACGCAAAGCCUGGAGACCCCCAGAGCGUCCUGGAGGCCAUUGACACCUACUGCUCACAGAAGGAGUGGGCCAUGAACGUGGGUGAUGCAAAAGGCCAAAUCAUGGAUGCAGUGAUUCGGGAGUACAGCCCCUCGCUGGUGCUGGAGCUAGGAGCUUAUUGUGGCUACUCAGCCGUGCGAAUGGCCCGCCUGCUGCCACCUGGAGCCAGGCUUCUCACCAUGGAGAUAAACCCUGACUACGCUGCCAUCACCCAGCAAAUGCUGGACUUUGCAGGCCUACAGGACAAAGUUACCAUCCUCAUCGGGGCAUCCCAGGACCUUAUCCCCCAGCUGAAGAAGAAGUACGAUGUGGACACAUUAGACAUGGUCUUUCUUGACCACUGGAAAGACCGCUACCUUCCAGACACACUUCUCCUGGAGGAAUGUGGCCUGCUGCGCAAGGGAACGGUGCUCCUAGCUGACAAUGUCAUUGUCCCGGGAACCCCUGACUUCCUGGCGUAUGUGAGGGGGAGCAGCAGCUUCGAGUGCACACACUACAGCUCCUACCUGGAAUACAUGAAAGUGGUGGACGGCUUGGAGAAGGCAGUCUACCAGGGUCCAAGCAGCAGCAAGUCCUGACCACGCAGCCUGACGAGCUUUCCUCCCAGCUCCCUUCUGCACGAUGACACACACUUACUCUGACCCCCUCUAUGCUUCUGGGGCCUGUCCUCGGGAGCUGUGGCUCCAGAUGGUCAUACACUGGCAUAUUAAAGGUAGUGAGCUCACCAUGCAAACCACUACAAUGACCCUGGAAAGCACUUGUGCAUCAAAGGCUGUACUGAGGCCAGAGGUGCAGUAGAUCACAGUGCAUGCCCGGCACACAAAAGCCCUCAAGGUGAAUCUUCUGCACCCAAGAACAAAAAGAGAGUUUUUUUUUUUUUUUUUUUUUUUUUAAAGAAAUCAAAGUAGGCACCAUCCUGAUGGCCUCACUAACUGGAAGAGGAGAUUUUACAAGGUUUCAGUGUGGGAUCCCCAGGCACUGCCAUCACUCAGCAGGAAGUCAGGAAACUGAACAUAUCCAGAUACCAUUCAGCUGUCACCAAUGGCAGCAACAACUCAGGCGGUACUGUCACCAGCAUCUCAUACCACAUUUCGUCUUAAAAAUGAGUCACAAACUUUUCAGGUAUGAUGGUGCACGCCUUUAAUCCCAGAAUCCAGGAGGCAGAGGCAGAUGGAUCUGAGUUCCGUGCCAGCCUGGUCUACACAGUGAGUUCCAGGACAGCCAGGGCUACAUAGAAAUACUUUGGGAAAAAAAAAAAAAAGUCAUAACCUCUUUUAUAUUAUAAAAGAAAUUAAAGAUCUAAAUAUUUGGAUA